GGUGGUGGUGAGAUGAGCCGGUCGCGGUGACCGCGCGUUGGCGUUGGAGUCAGGAGCGACGGCGAGGUGGCGGCGAGCAUCGCGCUGGGAGGUAGCGGCGCAGCGGUCGAGCGGGGGUGGCAUACCCCCGCGCUGGAUGCGGCAGGGUGCGCAGGCGCCGCGGCGGGCGGCGGCGGCGCGCUGGCGAUGACGGUGCAGCGCGACGAGCGCGAGGCGCGCGCGCCACGCACGCGGUUCAUGAUCACGGACAUCCUUGACGCUGCGCCGAGAGACCUCAGCGCGCAUCGAGACUCCGACUCCGACAGGUCGGCUACAGACUCGCCAGGUGUAAAAGAUGAUUCAGAUGAUGUAUCAAGCAAGAGUUGCGGCGGUGAUGCUUCAGCGCUCGCCAAGAAACAGCGAAAGGCAAGAACUGCUUUCACAGACCACCAACUGCAGACUCUUGAGAAGUCAUUCGAGCGGCAGAAGUACCUCAGCGUCCAAGACAGGAUGGAGCUUGCCGCGAAGCUAGGACUUACAGACACGCAGGUCAAAACGUGGUACCAGAAUCGAAGGACGAAAUGGAAGCGACAAACAGCGGUAGGGCUAGAGCUCCUAGCAGAAGCCGGGAACUACGCGGCGUUCCAGAGGCUGUAUGGCGGGUACUGGGCUGGCGUGCCAGCGUACCCAGCGCAACCCGCUCCUGCGGCUGCCGACUUGUAUUACCGCCAAGCCGCAGCCACGGCGGCUGCUGCUGCCUCCGCCACUGCUAAUACGCUACAGAAACCUCUGCCAUACCGGUUAUAUCCCGGCGCACCUUUGGCCGGAGUACCGCCUCUCGGGUUAGGGUUGCCAGGCCCAUCGGCGCAUCUUGGCUCUUUGGGAGCCCCAGCGCUGGGAGCGCUAGGGUACUAUGCGCAGGCGCGGCGUACGCCAUCUCCUGACGUAGACCCUGGCAGUCCCGCGCCCCCUCACCGCUCCCCCCGAGAACCCUCCAUGGAAAGACGCACUGACGACGAGGAAGACGACGAACCUAUACAUGUUUAAUUCAUAUGACUAAAUACAUUGCCUUGAAAAGACAUUAUGAACAACCAUAAAAGCUAAAGAGUAAUUUGUGAAACUUGUGAACAUAAAUUCAAAAAGACAUUAAAGCGGACACUACAGACGUUGAUUAAUUUCUCCGUACAAAACGAACGCAGGACUACUUAAUGUGAUAUCCGCGAGUGAGUCAAAUAAGGAGAUUAGUGGACAUUGGUGUAAACGUGGAAAAACAGUGCUUGAAGUACGUUCAAACAAAAAGUGAAGAAGCCAUCAAAUUUUGGUAAUCUUUAGUUGUAUUACCUUCUUUGUUUUUGUAUGGUUUCCAUGAGUAUCAACUUUCAAUAUUCUUAUGUUGCACUAGAAAACUUUUCGCACUACAUUCAGUUAACUGUAAUUUGUUGUACAUCUUAUUUUGACCCACAGUUUUAAGAAGUCGAUCGUGAAGUGUGGACAGUAGUCCAAAUGUGAUAUUAUAAGCUCUCACUAUAAGAACGUAUGUAUAAUAUUAUUCGAUGUCGUGUACUAAUAAAUAGAAAUUAACUUGCUUUGUAAGUAAAUCGUAAUUGCAUAGAAAAACAAAUGCAUUCCAUAGAUGAAUACUUAAAUAUUUUAAGUACGUUUUACUUCAGGAACUUGAAAGACAUUCCCAGUGAUAGGUACUUUUCUUAAUUUCAGCUUCUGGAACAAUGAAAUUAUUUGAGAAUAUUUUGGUUAUUAAAAAUAAACAUUGGAAUUUAAUUUUAUUCUUGUAUUGUAUAGAACAGCAAAAAUAUAUUGUUCUUAUUUUUAGAAAGGUCUAUGGCACUCAAAUAUUUCGGUGAGGUCACUUUUAAAAAGCCAUUUGAAAUAGUAGAAAAUCGAACAAAAUCUCAUGAAAAACUGAUUGUGCAAACUGUAUAUUUAGACAAAAUAUAUAACUAUUCAUAUGUAUGUAUUGUUAGUAUAUAAUACACAACAUAAAGUAU